AUGAACCCUCCACUGGACGACCAUGUUCUCCAGGCGCGAAACCUCCACGAGCGGUACCAGCUCUCAGACAAAGUUGUUGAUCUCUUCAGAGUCUAUGGCGAACAUCACCGUGGCGUUGAGUCCCGUGGGACUAUGGGACGAAGGCUUCGAACUUCGACGCUCAUGAGGACCUGCACGGAUACAAUCUCUUCUCUCGCCUUGGCGAUGCAGAAUAAUCCCACCCCCGAAUGCAUGGCCGAAUGCAAUGAGAUCAUCGCCUGUUGUACUGAGAUGCUAAACAUUGCCAACGAGUCCAGCCAGGACAAAGCAUUCCCCUUCAUGAAGCUUCCACAAGAAAUCCGUCAGAUGGUCUACAAGUACUACUUUCAAAACCUGACCCAGGAGCUUCCGUGGGCGCAAACCAAGAUCGUCCUGAGAUACCCUGUCGGUUGUGGCUGUGACACCAACAACUUGAAGAGCUAUAAGAAAGGGGAGGUGAUUCCUUUGGAGAUGCCACUCAUCUUCACGUGCUCGCAGAUCAAGGAUGAGGCUCUCGAAGUGUGGUUCCACGACCAUAUCUUCACAUUUGGCUGCAGCUGCGAGCUUACCCACUAUCUUCAGAUAAACAAGAGUAUGAAAUAUUAUCUCAGGGGUGUCAAGGUCCAUUGGAGAGGCGAAAAGUCCGACUCGGCGUUCAAGCUACUGCAGGAGGCCCCCAGGCUGAACAGACUGGUCGUGGUCAUCUCUCGGUCUACUAGCAACAUCAAAUCUGCGAGAGAGAUGCUACUGAGGAGGUACUGGCCCAACAGAAGGCAGACGUGUCUCACUGACGCGCUAGGCUUCGACGAGCUGGCGCAAUUGGUGACAGAAGGUAGACAGAUCUCAGUCGAGCACGUGGAAAGAACCACAUCACUCCGCCGGUCUGACCAGGAGUGGUCUAGUCUGAGCAAGCUUCUCUCAGAUCUUUCCGGAGGGAUUAAGCUCGAGGAACCUCAGGAUGGGAGGGCUGAAUGGGUGAAGCGAAGAGCGGCCCUCGCCGCCGCCGCCGCCGCCGCCGCCGCCGCCGACGACGACGAUGACGACCAAGUGAAGUACAUCUGA